AGUGUUGGCGAAAGGUCCUGUAUCGUGCGUCUUGUACUGCUCACACAAACUCUGGGCGCAAACGAUCCUGAUUUAACAUGGGUCGCAAUCUUUCUUGAUCUUUGGACGUGAGUAUGACCUUCUCGAAACCUGGCGUUCACUUCAUAUCGAGGGUUUUGGAGCUGACGUUUUUUGUUCUUAUGGUUAGGGCUAUCGAAGCGAACCUCCUGGUAGUGUGUGCCUGCGUCUCGACUCUUCGCCUAUUUUCCAGAUCCGUAACGCCCAAGCUCUUCUCGUCGAAAGGCAUCACAAGUAACACUGGAGAAAACUCUCAUGGCGCUCUGCACACCAUUGGUGGCUCGGCAAAGACGGGAGGCAGACCCCGCCAUGCGUCGUACAACCGUUUCGACCAUGAUGAAGAGAGUGGUUAUAACAUGGUCACAUUUAAUAUGAAUAUCGAAAGUGAAAAGGAUCGCACAGAGUGCGGCGGAGAUAAUAGUAGCGAAAAGGUGGCAAUUCAGAAAAUCAUGGAGACAACGGUGACAUACUCUAAACUACCACAAAUAGAUACCUUCUCAUUUGACUGGGAUGAUUACUUAUAUUGUAUAGAAUAAGAGCUCACUAAAUUAAUCAUAAUCCAUCAAACCGCUCGUCUUGAUCUAGUCUAACAUGGUGGUUUUGUGCUUGUCUAAGAAAACUUAGCUGGUGACUGCGCCAGCGUAACCUUUGAAUUCAGUGUUCUCCUCCGUCAGAAUCUGCGGCAGCUCAUCCUCAACAAAGCUCUGACUCCAGCUCUUCUCCACCGG